GGAAAACGUCAUCUGCUACUGAAUCCACCUCCCUGUUCUAUAGUCAGAGGUAUAAAAAGACCUGGUCUAGUGAUAGCUCAGCCACAACAAGCAAGAAGUACAUAGAGGUCAUACGAAAACAUUGAAACAGCAACAGCCGUCCUGCGUGAGAAUGUUGCAGCCAGGGUGGAGCUGUAUCCUGACAAUACUUGGAGUGAUAUGUCAUGUCGGCGAGGUCCAGAGUCAGUGCUGGGAAAGCAAUAAAUGUACAGAUCUCAGCAGCGAGGAGGGAAUACUGGAAUGUAUUAAAGCCUGCAAGAUGGACCUGUCCGCAGAGUCACCAGUGUUUCCUGGGAACGGGCAUAUGCAACCACUCUCCGAAAACGUCCGGAAGUAUGUCAUGAGCCACUUCCGCUGGAAUAAGUUUGGCAGGAAGAACAGCACCGGUAGUGAUAGCAACAAUGCUGGUUACAAACGGGAAGAUAUAGCCAACUAUCCCAUAUUUAACCUGUUCCCUGCGAACGACAACCCAAACACACAAGACAGCAAUAUGGAAGAAGAAGCAUUGGACAGGCAAGACAAUAAGAGGUCGUACUCUAUGGAACACUUCCGAUGGGGCAAACCAGUCGGCAAGAAAAGGAGACCCGUUAAGGUUUUCCCAAGCGAUGCGGAAGAAGAGUCGUCGGAAAUCUACCCAACGGAGUUCAGAAGAGAGUUGUCUCUAGAGUUUGACUACCCCGAGACCAGCUCCGAAGAAGAAAUGGAUGACAGCAGGUUAAUGGAAAGCCCAAUGAAAAAAGAUAAGAAGUACAAAAUGCAUCAUUUCCGAUGGGCAGAUCCACCCAAAGACAAAAGAUACGGAGGAUUCAUGACCCCCGAGCGCAGUCAGACCCCACUAAUGACUCUCUUCAAAAACGCCAUCAUUAAGAAUGCCCACAAAAAGGGUCAAUAGGACGGAAGAGUCUACACAAUCAGCAUCCUACAGGGGCUACCAGCAUGUCUUUUCUAGGGUCCGAUAUCUGACCCUGAUCAACCACUAUGAAUCUACUCUGUAGUUAGCCGCAUAAUCCCGUAACCCAUGUUCUGUCACAUUUGGUUUUUUGAAUGUUCUGUACAAAGUUAGCAGAGUCCAUAUGGAAAGACCUGCGGCAGCGUUGUACAUAAGGGAAAGGUAGAUGUUCCUAUCGGUGAAUCUCUAGUUUUCUGUUUGCUAAAUUAUUUUCAUAUCUGACCAAAAUGUACAAUAAUGUAAAUGAAUGGGAGAAUAAACGUUUACAAUCUUACUGGC